GGCCACCAUCCGGGGAGCCCCUCUUUUGGAUUGCUGUGUUUCUGCUGUUAUGCGUCCAUCCUCUCCGCUGCUACCGAGGCAGAUGCUGCAUGAUUUCUGCCGAGAUCCCAUGAAUCCUUAACGGUGGUAGGUAGCACUGGCUGCCCAGCAGAUGGGGGAGUAGUAUAGCUGAGGCACAGGAGCCUAUGGCAGCGAUAGGACCAGACGGCGCGCAGAUGCCGGCAUGGACGUCGAUUUAUGCACUAGACAGGAAGCCCUGGCCCCAUUUGGCGCCGAUAGAGCUAAGCACUGCUAGCGGUACUGCGCCGUCCGCUAGCGGGCCUCAACAGAGCUUCGGGCUCAGGCUCAGGCUGGUGCGGCACACCCGCUUGCGUGUGCUGCGUGUGAAAGCCGUGCUCGCUCAUCGCAUCGACCAGACACCCACGGCGUGCUGUACCGGGUACUGCGCGUCCUUUGCCAGCUCUGCCGCCCGCCUACAAGAGGUACAUGCGUCGCACCCGCGCCGCCGAGGUAGCAGUACCUGGCGCUCGCUCGUCCUUGUACCACCACCACCACCACCACUGCGACCACCACCACCAUCAACUAGCAUCCACCACCGCCAGAUCCCAUCCGUCGCUGCUUGGCCACGUUUUCCCUCUCUCUUCGCACAGGCUUGAAUUUCCCCGGGCCUGGCCAUCGCGUUCUCCAUUCCGCUUCGAUCCUCGUGGGCUACCCGGUGUGGGCUUGGUAAGUGGUGCCUUUAGCUCUGCUCUGUCAAUUCACUAGUGGCCCCCAAUGGCAUGGAUCGAUUCGCAUCCAUCUUCAAUAAUCCCUUAUCCGUCUCCUCACCUCCAGAUAUCG